AGUAACAUUGAGAGCCUCUCUCUGUUUACUUUCUGUUUUGAUUAUUACGUCUUUAUAACACUUUACACUAAUUUUCCAGUACAUAUCGAAAGCCGAUAGUUUUUACUAGAAUAUUAGGCAAAGAGUUGAGUACUAAAUAUUGAAACGACCGAGUAAUUAACAGAAGAGAAACACCCCAAAAAGAAUCUCAUUGUUGCUUACGUCCUAUUCAAAUUUUUCUCCAGAAAUAUUUAAUAUCAGCUUUGAAAUUAUCCAUGAUUCAUCUUUUAGCCCGGCGGAUGCAAGUUUGCUAAUUAAACUUAUUCGCAAAGGUCUAGUAGAAUCAAAGCUGGAUCUGGGGGUGAAGGAUCCUUCUUCGCCGCUAUACUUGGUUAAAACUUUCGAAGCUUUGCACAUGAAUUCGAAACUGCUUCUAUGCUAUGGGUUUCAACGCUCCUUCCAAGAUUCAGAAGACGGCUCAACCUACUCUGUUGGCCGAUCCACCACAGAACAUAAUCGCCCAGAGUUGGUCGGGAACAAGAAAAACCACUGCCUUCGUGCUGGCAAUGCUCAAUCGAGUCAAUCCGUUGAAAAACUAUCCGCAGGUGAUUUGCCUUUCCCCACGUAUGAACUGGCAAUUCAGAAGGGGAAAGUAGCUGCAAAACGGCAGUUUUGUGCGGAAAUCGAACUUGGUUAAACCGUUCGCGGUGAGAAGAUCGUCAAAGGGGCGAAGCUGACUAAUCAUAUCAUCAUCGGAACAGCCGGGCGUUCGACCUUAAGAAGAUUGCCAUUUUUGUAAUGGACGAGGCGGGCGUUAUGAUCGCUGUUCUUUUUAGCAACGUACGAGCGGGAGGUGAUGGGAUUCGUCCAGUACAUCGAAACCAAUCCGAUCAUGAUUCUUCUGGUGCGGGAGCAAGAAUCACUCGAUAACACCAAACACUACUACGUCAAAUGCCGCAACCAGGACGAGAAAUAUCAAGCAAUUUCAAACAUGUACGGUGUGAUUACCGUCGGACAAGCGAUCAUUUUCUGUCAUAUGAUGUAGAGGACAGUUGUAAACUCCAAGUAAACUUAUUUUCGGCAUUGUUAAUCGAUCGAAACAGGCACGCAAAACGGCCGGUUGGUUGACCGGCAGGAUGUCCCAGGAUGGUCAUUCGGUAGCGGUACUGUCCGGUGAUCUAACGGUGGAGCAACGGUUGGAACGAACGUUUUGUCCAGGGGUAUCGACGUCGAACAGGUUACCAUUGUCGUCAACUUCGACCUGCCGAUGGAUUAGCAGGGACGAGCCGAUUGCGAAACGUAUCUACAUCGAAUUAGACGCACCGGUAGAUUCAAACGGAAUCACCAUCAACCUAGUGGGUAGUGAUCGAAGCAUGAUGAUUUGCAGAUCAAUGGAAAAACACUUCCGAAAAAAGAUUCAGUUGCUAGACGCGGAGAACUCGGACGAAAUUUAAAAGAUCGCACCGUAAAAUGUUUUCGACCAGCUACUGGUGAAAGGCGUAGGAGCUUUUUUGGGUCAUACUUGUUUUGAUUCUGAAUUUAUAAUUUUAUUAUAUUUUAAUUUUUUUUCUUC